CCUUUAAAAAUUGAGUGAAGCAAGAGUCUGACACGAUUCUUCACCGCAAUUGGCAACGGUAGACAGGCGUUGCUCGUUCUCGUCUUGUGUGGCCAAAGAUGGUUGUUGGCGUUCUUGCUCUACAGGGGUCUUUCAACGAGCACAUUGCGGUGCUGAGAAGGUUGGGCGUGAAGGGGGUGGAGGUGAGGAAACCUGAGCAGCUGCAGACCGUCCGGGCCCUCAUCAUCCCUGGCGGCGAAAGCACCACCAUGGCCAAGCUUGCCGAGUACCAUAACCUCUUUCCUGCACUAAGGGAAUUUGUGAAAAUGGGGAAUCCGGUUUGGGGAACCUGUGCUGGCCUUAUCUUUUUGGCUGACAAAGCAGUCGGGCAAAAAACUGGUGGACAGGAACUUAUUGGUGGCCUUAACUGUACAGUUCAUCGAAACUUCUUUGGCAGUCAGAUACAAAGCUUUGAGGCAGAGCUCUCGGUUCCUGAGAUUGUGGCCAAAGAAGGAGGUCCUCCAAGCUUCAGAGGUGUGUUUAUUCGUGCUCCAGGGAUCCUUGAAGUAGGUCCAGAGGUGCAAGUAUUGGCAGAAGUUCUUCUUCCAUCUGAUAGACCUGCUAAACGUGAUGCUGCUUCUGAAAGUUUAGAGGAAGCAGCUGUAGCUGAAAAGGUCAUCGUUGCUGUAAAGCAGGGAACGUUGCUAGCGACUGCUUUUCAUCCAGAGUUAACUGCAGAUACCAGAUGGCACAGCUAUUUCUUGAAGAUGCUGGAUGAAGACAGCCAAGAAGCAUCAAGUAGCACGGCAUUGUCCUCCGACAAUCUAAGCCUCCCCGAUCCACCAAAGUAUGAGCUCCCGAUCAUCCAUUACUAACAAGGACAAAAAGGAAAAAGGUGCGUGGUUCCUUGUCAAAUUUGUCAAAGAUAGACCGGGCCGGGGCUCACCGCCACAAAAUAUAUCUCUUUGUAAAUUGUUUUAGUAGUUUACAUUGAUCGGCUUAAGGAUUAUUUAGCCCAAGUAGUUCAAUGCGCUCUCAAAUAGCAAUCUUUACUAUUUUUCACACCAAGAAGCUCCACAAACAUCUAUGCGGAAUUUGACCCUUUCUGGAAAUCUAUUAUAUGGAUUUUACUUUUGUUUA